UCCCCGCUGCCGCUCCUCCAUCGCCCUGAGCUUUUUCGUGCCCGCUGGGACCCCGUGCGGGAGUUUGUCCCCCCGCUUGCGGCGGGCGGUACCGUCCGAGAGGGCGGUGGUGGAGCGGGCCCGACAGCGUCAUUGCCUGAUGAAGGUGUGGGUGUUUAAGGACAAGUAACUUCAACGCUAUCCAAAAAAACCAGCUGCCGACGUAUUUGAUGAUAUAUUCCAAGAGACACCCCUGGGAUACAGUGAUCAAAGCUGCUAUGAGAAAGUACCCCAACCCAAUGAAUCCAUGCGUGGUCGGAGUAGAUGUCCUCGACAGAAGCCUUGAUAACCAGGGGAGGUUGCAUAGUCACCGUCUUCUCAGCACAGAGUGGGGAUUGCCAAGUAUUGUAAAAGCGAUUUUAGGAACAAGUAGAACUCUGACUUACAUUGAGGAACAUUCUGUGGUAGAUCCAGUGGAAAAAAAGAUGGAGCUUUGCUCAACUAAUAUUACUCUCACAAACUUGGUGUCCGUUGAUGAGAGACUGGUUUACACACCUCAUCCUGAAAACCCUGAAAAAACUGUGCUAACCCAAGAAGCAAUUAUUACUGUUAAAGGCAUUAGCUUGAGCAGUUAUCUGGAAAGCUUAAUGGCAAACACAAUAUCUUCUAAUGCCAGAAAGGGUCGGGAUGCCCUGGAGUGGGUGAUCAGCAAACUAAACACAGAAUUGGAGGAGCUGAAGUCAACACGCGAGGGAAUGAAACCAGCAAUGGCAGCAGCGUCAACAGAAAAAUAAAACCAAAAAUACCAAGUAACUGACAGAAAAGUUUUAUUCUGCAG